GUAAACGGCGCUCUAUAACUGCGCAGUCUCGCUACUGGUCAUUUUUCCGUUCGGUUGGUUUUGGUUAGGAUAAGAUUUGGGUCUUUUUUCCUUCUGCUGAUUGUGUUUCUGUAUAUUUCCGGAUACAUGAGGCCACCGAAUACGUCUCUGUUUGUCCGGAACAUCUCUGAUGAGUCCAGAAAAUGUAAAAGCAUCCGGUUGUGGAAGCAGCCACAGAGUUACAAAGACCCAUGUAGAGUAGCUGUAAAGACACAGAGCCCAGAGGGAGGGAAAAGGUUGAACAGAAAGUAAAGCAUGAAGAGGAAAAGGGAACCAAGACAAAGCUUGGAAAUGGCGGGAAAAGAAAAGAGGUUUAAGAGGAAAGAGCAAGCAGGAAAUCCAAGUCUCUCUGGGAGUCGGUUAAAGAGUGUAAAGAUCAAGAUCAAAGUCAAGCAUGGCCAAAGCAUAUUUGAGGAUGUGAGAGACGCUGAAGACGCUCUGCACAGUCUGGACAGGAAGUGGGUCUGCGGCCGCCAGAUCGAGAUCCAGUUCGCCCAGGGAGACCGCAAGACUCCCAACCAGAUGAAGUCGAAGGAGCGGCGUUCCCCGGGCCGAUCUUCUCGCUACGACGACUACGACCGAGACGGCUGGCGCAGGAGAUCCCGCAGCCGCAGCUACGAAAGAUACCGAUCCCGCAGCCCGUCGUACGACCGGCGCCGCCGGCGGUCCGAGAGUCCCAGAGAAUCUACAAGGCAGAAGAUUUCAGAUGAAUCAUCUGCCACAAACGUUACAUUAGGAAACGCUGCUGUUUGUAUUUUAGGCAAAAAAUCUCGUGGACGGAUGUAUGGAAGAGGAAGAAGCAGGAGCCGCGAAGACGAAAGGUACCGACAGCGGCCCCGUAAGGAGUCCAGGCGGAGGUCGCGGUCCCGCUCCGCGUCUCCGCGGGAGGCCAUGAACCCGGCGGCCGCCUCCCACUACACAGAGGAGCCGGCGCCGCCGCGCCACGCCCCGUCCCACUCCAAGUCCCGCUCCAUGUCCCGCUCCCGUUCCCGCUCCCGCUCCUGGGCCGGCCGGAAGUCCGGCGGCCGCUGACGAUCCGAUCUCCUCUCUCUCAUAUGAAUGUGAUGCCGUUUGUAGGAAGCUCCCCGUUUUCCAGGCCUGUGUGCCGCUGAUACUUUUGGUUUUAUAAAAAUAUUUCUGUCCUUUCGUUUUUCUCCCAGUUGGAAUAUAAAACACUGGUUGGUGUGUUUUGCGGUGAACCUGCCGCGGUUCUAAUGUUUCCACUCGGUUUCUUACUUUUCUGCAGCUGCUUGUUUUUGCUAAACUAAAACGUUCAGUAUUUGCUGCUGAAACUCAGCAGGUGUUUUAAUCCUGCUGCCUUGCAGCUCAGUGAUCAGUUUAAAUGUGACACGACGACGUAGCAGAGUCAUCGCAGGACGAAACGCAAAGUAAAUUUACAAUAAAAAAAAUGUCCAUUUAAUUUGAACAAGUUUUUGCUCUUUUUGUUGGAAGUUUACUUUUUUAUUUUCUUCAUUAUUAAUUUCCGAAGGCCCUGCUACUGUCGUAGUAAGACGCUCAAAGUGUUAAACGUUUUUAUUUUGAUGGUGUUUUCUUCUAGUUCCUGUUCUGAGGAGCAGCGGUUCCUCGUUGACUCCAGUGUCCCUGCAUGUCUUUUUCUCCCCGUUUGCUGUCUUUAUUAGGAAGAAACUUUUAUUUUCAGUAAUAAAUCAACAACAUUCAAUACCAGA